CUUUCCUUCCCUAGCACGGAGGAGGCCGCAGCUCCCUGGGGGCUGAGAAGCUGGAGCCUUGGAGAAGGGGGAGGAGCUGAGCCACUUUCUGCAAGAUCCCUACCUUUGUCCCCCCAGGAAGCAUGAACAGGAAAGACAGCAAGAGGAAGUCCCACCAAGAAUGCACCGGGAAGACAGUAGGGCGGGGCCGGCCCCGACAAGCCCGCCGCCACAAGACAUGCCCCAGCCCCCGGGAAAUCAGCAAGGUCAUGGCCUCCAUGAAUCUGGGCUUGCUGAGUGAGGGUGGCUGCAGUGAAGAGGAGCUGCUGGAGAAAUGCAUCCAGUCCUUCGACUCAGCUGGCAACCUGCGGCAUGGCGACCACAUUGUUAACAUGGCACUGGCCAUGCACAGCUGGGUAUUGCCUUCUGCCGACUUUGCUGCCCGUCUGCUGACCUCGUACCAGAAGGCUUCAGGGGAUGCACAGGAGCUGAGAAGGCUGCAGAUCUGUCACCUGGUCAGGUACUGGCUGACCCAACACCCAGAGGUGGUACACCAGGAGCCCCAGCUAGAAGAAGUCAUAGGUCGUUUCUGGGCCACUGUAGCCCAGGAGGGCAACUUGGCCCAGAGGAGCCUGGGAGAUUCCUCCAACCAUCUGAGCCCUGGUGGCCCUGGGCCCCCGCCCCCCAUGAGCAGCCCAAGCCUGGGUAAAAAGCGCAAAGUAUCCUUGCUUUUCGACCACCUGGAGGCGAGGGAGCUGGCUCAACAUCUUACUUACCUGGAGUUCCGGUCCUUCCAGGCUAUCACGCCGCAGGACCUGCGCAGCUACGUUUUGCAGGGCUCUGUGCGGGGCUGCCCGGCGCUGGAGGCAUCCGUAGGUCUCAGCAACAGUGUGUCCCGCUGGGUGCAGGUCAUGGUGCUAAGCCGCGGCGGACCUGCACAGCGCGCGCAGGUGCUGGACAAGUUCAUUCAGGUAGCACAGAGGCUCCACCAGCUGAAGAAUUUCAACACGUUGAUGGCGGUCACAGGUGGCCUGUGUCAUAGUGCUAUCUCCAGACUUAAGGACUCCCACACCCACCUGAGCCUUGACAGCACCAAGGUCCUGCUAGAACUGACUGAGCUUCUUGCCUCCCACAACAACUACACCCGCUACCGCCGUGCUUGGGCUGGCUGCACAGGCUUCCGGCUGCCUGUGCUGGGUGUGCACCUCAAGGACCUGGUGUCCCUGCAUGAGGCACAGCCUGACAGGUUGCCUGAUGGCCGCCUGCACCUACCGAAGCUGAACAGCCUCUACCUGCGGCUGCAGGAGCUGGCAGCCCUCCAGGGGCAGCAUCCCCCCUGCAGUGCCAAUGAGGACCUGUUGCAUCUGCUUACGCUUUCCCUAGAUCUCUUCUACACAGAGGAUGAGAUCUACGAACUUUCUUAUGCCCGGGAGCCCCGUUGUCCCAAGAAUCUGCCACCGUCCCCCUUCAAAGCACCUCUGGUGGUAGAGUGGGCCCCUGGUGUGACACCUAAGCCAGACAGGGUCACCCUCGGUCGGCAUGUAGAACAACUGGUGGAGUCUGUGUUCAAGAAUUAUGACCCUGAAGGCCGAGGAACCAUCUCUCAGGAAGACUUUGAGCGGCUCUCAGGCAACUUCCCCUUUGCCUGCUAUGGCCUUCACCCACCUCCCCACCAAGGGAGAGGCUCCUUCAGCAGAGAAGAGCUGACAGGGUACCUGCUCCGGGCCAGUGCUAUCUGCUCCAAGCUGGGCCUGGCCUUUCUGCACUCCUUCCAUGAGGUCACCCUCCGCAAGCCUACCUUCUGUGACAGCUGCAACGGCUUCCUCUGGGGUGUCACCAAGCAAGGCUACCGUUGUCGGGACUGUGGACUGUAUUGCCACAAACACUGCAGAGACCAAGUGAAGGUAGAGUGUAAGAGGACGUCAGCGGCCAAGAGUGACGUGGGCCCUCCAGGAGCCCCACCCACACCAGAUCCCCAUGCCAGCUGUGGAUCUGAGGAAAAUCUCUCCUACACGCUAUCCCUAGAACCUGAGACUGGGUGCCACCUUCGCCAUGCUUGGACCCAGACAGAAGCCUCACACCCAUCCUGGGAGCCAGAGAUGGUCCCCUGCCCAGAGAAGGCCCCACCAGCCACCUCGUCCUCCAAGCUGGAUUCUUAGACAUCAUCUCAGUCUCCUCUCUGCCUUCCCCUAGUCAGUCCCAAGUCCUGCCCUCAGCCUCCAGCAGGACCCCCAAAGGCACUGCUCGCUACCUGUUCACUGUUUUUGAGAAGAUACCAUCAUCUCUUACCCUGAAAGUUAUUUUCUUCUCUUCCAUCAUAGUGGGUACUAAUCAUACUUCCCUUUUCCUGCACUUAGCAUCUGUGCAGCUCUGUUGGUUAUAUUUAGACUCAGGGAUCAUCUCACCAACUCCCUAAACUUCUAUUUCAAUUAUAAGGAGAAUCAGGCUUGGUGAGGUUAAGCUUUUGGCCCAAGGUGGCAGAGAUCCCCAGGGUUGGAGGCAGGACUCAAACCUAGGUCAUCUGUCAGCUAAAACUGAAGCUCCUGACCAGUAUGCUAUACUGACCAUCAACCUGGGUCCAGAGCAGACAAGGACGAAUUCCACACUCUGGGCUUCUAGAGAAGGGAGAUAAGGCUGGGAAGGGGAUGAAAGAGGAGCCUACGAACACCUAAGUUAGAUCACAGCCCUUCUUUCCCUAAAGAUAAAAGCCAGAGUCCUCACUAUGGCCCACAAAGCCCCACAUGAUCCAUACUCCAACCUGACAUCACCUCACCUCCCAACCUGCCCUGCUUCAGCUACAAUGCCCUUGAUGGUUCCAGAAUACACCUGAAAACACUCCUACCUCAGGGCCUCUGCACUGGCUGUUCCCUCUGCCUGGUAUACUCUUCCUGAGGCCCACAUGGUUCUCUCUUCGGGAUUUUGCUCAUGUGGCCCCUUUUCAGUGAGGGUUCCCUGAGCACACUCAAAGAUCCAAUCUCCCCUCAGUCCCAAUCCUGCCUCUCCCUGCUUUUUCUCCACAGAACUUACCCCAUCUGAAAAACUAGACAUGUUACUCAGUCCCCUUUUUCAAUUUCCGCUUUUCCUCAUCAGGAAUGUCAGUUCCAGAAUGGCGGCUCUCUACCUGUUUUUCCCUGCUGUGUCCCUGGUACCUAGAACAGAACUGGCAUGUGAGGACACCUGAAAAACGUUUGUUCAGUACCUGAAUGUACCCUUCCCCACACCCACAGGAAGGGACAGAUGUUUUUGAAGAGCAAAGGACUUUGUAGGCCAGAGCAGCAGGGGCCUGUCCAGACUCAUGGAGCAGAGCACCCCCAACCCAAGCACCCCAACCUGGCCCCACAGAGAUAGGUCCUA